UGGCCGUGAGUUUCUUCAGCCGCUCCGGAUACUCUUCCCUGAGGUUCCUGAAUGGCUCUUGCUGCAAGCAGAUUUUCCGUCUCGAGACCUUUCGCGACGCGCGACAGUGCGCGUCAAGCUGACCUGAAGGCGCGGAUCGGCGCGAUCAGGUUUGACGAGCAAACGAUACGACGAGAUUGGUGCCAAGGUGAUUUACGGUACACGACUCGAUUUGUCCACCAGCAGCCGUUCGAAGGAAAAGUACAAUUACAGGCGUACAGCAUACGUACAGCACGUCCCGUUCGAGCGGUUGUAAUUUUCAGAAAAAUUUCGACUCGCACAACGCGAGAGAGACGCCGAACCGAUCCUGAACGUUCCGUGCCGACAUAUAACGGAGAGAUAUGUAGAUGUGUAUGCGAGGUACGCGACGUAGAGAUGCAUCGGGAGGAGACUCGUGCGGAUCCGUCGUUCUCCGCCCGCGACGGUGGAAAAAGGUCGGCAUACAAGAAAUCUCCCAGACAAGAGGUUUCACCGAAGUUGCCGCGAGUGUUGCAACUACCCACAUGCCGUUGCCCGCGAAUGCAGUUUCUUUAAAUCUUAAUGAACUGAGCUAAUGCAAGGCGCUAAUGCUGCUCGCACAUAUUGCAAUCGAUAAAUAUUAAUGUGUGAACUAAUUUGUUUUUUGUUACCGGGUAUUGCGAAGUUAUAUUACGCGACAAGAAAGAGACAGACGGACAAAGGGAGAAAGAGAAAGUGUGUAUGUGUGUGUGUGUGUGUGUGUGUGUGUGUAUAAAGGUGAAACGGGGGAGCAAGAGUGGAAAAAGAAGGAAUUAUUAAAAUCAAAUUGUAAUUCUCAAGGGGAAACAAUCGCAAGUAGUUGCGAGGUGUUAGGAAAGGCGUAUUGCAUAUUGUGCAUUGCUUCAUCGUUGGCUCGAGUUAUUUUAACGAUGAAACAUUCAGAGGGUAUCGCAACGUCGCUCGUUCCAUUAUUUUUAUUAACCCGAUACGCCAACGAACGCAUUGUGUAUUGCGCAUUUGCGAUCAUAUAUAAUCCACGGCGGAGGUGAAAUAUAUAAAUAUCCCAGUAAGCACAAAGUAUCAUUGACGUUACAAUGAUGUUACAAAACUAAAUCAUAUGGUAUGUUACAUAACUGUUACUUUGUUACAUAACAAAGCAAUUGUUAUUACUGCAAUUAUGAGAAUACUGGGUAUUCUUUUACAUAACUCGGUUUGUUUAUCGUGCCUUAAUGUUCCUUACCGCGCUUAUCAAGCGCGAAAUCAUGCAUGAAAGUACGUCACGCUCGGUGAAUGGUUGUUAGAAUUACAAUAAUUGCGACAGCGAAUUGAUUCAUUAAUGUUGAGUAAACAACUUGUAACUUUAAUUUUCUUCCUUAUUGACAUAAUAAUCGAACUUGA